UUACGUCUGCCGUUUUUUUUUGUUUUCUGUAGAACAUUUGUCCAAUUUUUGCCUCAUGCGGGUACUAGUUAGUCAUGCGUCAGUUAUUUCCAUGCUGUUAAAUUUAUUUAGUCUUAUUUUUGGUGAAAAUAAAUGAAAAGCAAAAGUAAUAAUUUUGAAUUACAUUCUGUUCUAGAGACUGAAGGUGUCUUUCUUCCCCUUUAAUUCUAUUCCCUGCUAGACAAGAAGAAACAUAAUAUUGUGUUUAACUCCAAUUGAAGCAGUGGUUUAUAAGUUACUUUAAAGUUGAUUGUUGGUAAAAUCGAUCACAGCGCAAGGAUUUCGGAUAAAGUACACCCUUUCAAACGAGGGUUUCAUUAAGAAAAAUAAAAAAAGAAACAAUGUCACUUUCCUUCUUUCUUUUAUUUCAACGGUGAUUAAGAAUGACUUAAUAGCUCUACAGACAGUUAACAUAAUUGAUGGAAUUAUACAAACAAAGCAAAACAGUUUAAAUUACACCGAAGCCACAUUUGUACUUCGUGUAUCUACAUAAUAUAUGUCAUGCAUGAAGUAAACAUGAAGAGUCUUUGUAUUUGUUUAACACUUUUGGUAAAGUUAAAUCCAGUGAUAUGUGGCACAGUUGAAGCUGUCAAAACCAAUUUAAAAGUUCCAGUUAAUCAAACUGCGCAAUUGAAGUGGAGAGUUGUCCCUGAUGUAGGGGCAGAAAUAUCUACAGCAAAUGUGUUUGUUCUUGGAUCACCCAAUGUUCAAAUAAUAAAAUUUAUAUCAACCAUAACAACUGAUGGUAAAGCAAUAUUUGGUAAUCGAUUAUCUGGAAUCUUGGCAAAAGACAUAUACACACUGUCCAUCAAGAAAAUCCUUUUUAAUGAAAAAAAGUCUUUUCUUUUGGAUGUUAUGUUCAGAUCACAGUCAGGAGUUGAUAUUAAAAAUUCAACAGUGGUUAUAAAGGAGGUUGUGGGUGGACCUGACGUAUGUGGGAUUUCUCUAAAGUCAAGUUACAUUGUCAACGAAGGAAAAAAAUUAUCUUUCUUAAGCGAAGUUUGUGGAAAUCCAAAACCUAUUUUGACAUGGAAAAUGGAGAACGAACUAGGGUAUUCAUAUUCGGCUGACAUUCGAUACAUGGAUAAAUCUACAAUGCGCUAUCAAUAUGUUUAUAAAACUCGCAGCCACAUCACUCGUAAAGAUUGUGGAACAAAGAUUAUUUUCAAUGCUACUGGUGCGAAUGAAGUGAUUACAGGAGAAGCAAUAAUUAGUGUAACAUUUUCGCCUCAAAGAAUCCGAAAGGUAAAGUUUUACAAAGAUAAUAAUUGUAUUAAUGGUACAUGGACCAGUGAGGCAACUGGCAAUUGCGCGCUUAAUUACCAUUUGCAAUUUGCAGAAAGAAGUGAUAUUUUUAAUACAAGCGACACACAUUACGCUGUAUGCAACAUAUUCAAUGUUUCCAGUGUAGUUAUUUGGGCUUCAUAUAAAAACAAUUAUGGCCAGAAAGCAAAAGUGAAUAUCAGUUUAACAACUCCAACACCAUCUACAAAGGUCACCGAUGCUUGCAAACAGCCUACAUCGUUUGAAGUGAAAAUGUUGGAUACGAAGAAGUUAUUGUUAACAAUAAUUAUAACGCUGGUUGUCACCCAAGUAGCAAAUAUAUGUAUUUAUGGAUUUGUGAAGCUUAGAGGCUCUCAGACUAAUUGCAGAAAUAAAGAAAGCGUAAAGAAAGAUGACGAAAAUAAAGACGGCCAAGAUUAUGAAGUAUCUCCUAACGCGGUAUCUCAUUAUACAGGCCUUCAGUUGGAAGCGAGAGAGGAAAGUGCUUAUGCGAAUUUAUCACCAACACCUGUCAAUGAGUAUGCAGAAGUUGGAACAGAGAACAAUUUGAGACAAAAAUAAGCCACUGGAAGAACAUUCCCAUUCUGUUUACCCUGUCCUUAAUUUUUUUUAUUGGUUUUGAUUAAGCAAUUAAAAAAUUUAAAUAAGAAAUUUACUUUGAUAAAAGUAAAAAUAAAACUGAAAGGUUAUAUGGUUAUUAUGUGGUUAUUACAGUCUGAUUAUUUUGAAAUGUAUUGUUGCUGCAUAUUAUGUGGAGUAAACUCCAUUCGAUGUAUUUCAGAUAAUUAGCAAAGUAGUUUUUACGCUAAUUAAUUAUUUUCAGACUUUUUACAAAUACAUGUGUUUGCACUUUUCUUUCGCAUAAUCCUUUUGUUUGGAAUUUGCUCAAAUCUGCCUAAAGAGGAAAUUAUGAUGGGUACAACGAAAUACUCAAAAUUGAAACCUGUAAAGUGGUUUUUGUUAAGAAGUUAUAAGAAAAACGAAAGAACUCAAACAUUAAAUUUUUUGCAAAUGUAGGUGAAAGUUGCAAAUUCCUUAAAUUAAACUCUGCUGAGACGUAGAUAAGAUAUUCAUUGUGAGAUAUUCAUUUUUUGUA